GCCCUGCCCGCUGCUCGGGGGUGCAGAGCACCCUCUCCCGGCGCUGCCUGCGAGCAGCCUCGGGGAUUUAUUUUUUUUUUUUAAUUAUUUUUUAUUAAUUUAUUUUUUUUUUUCUUCUUCUCUGCUGGGACAGCCCCGGCGGAAGCCGCUGGCCGGGGGGGGGAUGCAGCGCCCCGCGCCCCGAGGCUGAGCGGCUCCGGCCGGGGGCUCCAUGGGCUGCACGGGCAGCGCCCUGCGCUGCUGCCCCGCCGGUGGCAAGAGACAGCUGAAAGCCCAGCAGAGACCGGCUUCCCAGGAGCUCACAGCUUUGAAGACAGAGAACGCCAACGCCGCCCUACAGCAUGGAGCUGGGCAGGAGAAGGCAGCGCUGCGGGACGAGCAGGGCACGGAGGCUGCACAACUGCUCCGAGGACAUGAGGAGGAGGAGGAGAGGCUGCGGGGAGCCCCGGGGACAGAGGCCGAGGGACCCCGAGGUGUCAGCACCCAGGUGGAAAAGGGAAAAGACGUGGAGCUGAAGGAGCAGCUCUCGGAGCGGUUCGAUGCCCUGCGGAGAGAGCACGAGGAGACCCUGCAAGGUGCGCGCCGGCCCCUGGGGAGAGCGAUGCUCCCGCAGCCCCCUGGCACUGCCGCGGCCCCUCCAGCUCCCGUGGGGCUGUGGGACACGGGGGUGCCACCACCCGGUGCCACGGCACCGCAGGGCUCGGGCCGGGCUCGCUGUGCGUGUCCUCGUGCCGGUGACACUGGGCAUGUGUCCCCCCGCAGAGCUCCGGAGAGCGCACGAGCAGGAGAAGCUGCUGCUGGCGGAGUCCCACCACAGGUCCCAGGAGGCCUUACAGGUACCCAGGGAGAAAUCCCCGGGGACGGGGUGCCCACGGAGGACCACCACAGGGUCCCCAGCAUGCCACAGAGACCUGGCCCAGCCCUGGGGUUAUCGGAGUGCCCCUGCUCGGGCAGGAAACCCAGACACCCCCCGUCCCGCUUCUUCCCCGGCUGCCAGGAGACGGUGGAGGCGCUGAGGUCCCAGCUGAAGUCCUUCCAGGAGAGGAUGAAGCGGGUGGAGGAAUCGCUGCUGAGCAGAGACUACAAGAAGCACAUCGAGGAGCACGGGAGCCCCAGCCCGUUCUGGGAGCAGGAGCUGGAGAGCCUGCACUUUGUCAUCGAGAUGAAGAACGAGCACAUCCACGGCCUGGACAAGAAGCUGCUGAACCUGGAGACCGUGGCGGAGAGGAACCUGCUGCUGGAGGAGAAGGUGAAAACCCUGCAGCAGGAGAACGAGGACCUGCAGGUGCGCACCCAGAACCACCUGGUGAUGACGAGGUAGGUGCUCAUCGCGGGCUCAUCCCGCGUGCCCAGCGGCUCCUCGGCCGAGCGCAGCACCCACGAUAUGGGCAGAGGUGGCAGCAGCGGGGCCGUGCGUGCGGCAGCGCCGCUGUUUGCCCGCAGGCAGCUCUCGGAGGAGCUGCUGGCCGCCCGCGGGGCGCUGGAGAAGGAGUCGCAGCUGCGGGAGCAGGCUCGCCGCGAGAAGGAGGAGCUGCUGUACCGCGUGCUCAACGGGGGGGACGGCUCCCCCUUCCCCAUCGCUGCUGGAGACGUGCCCCUCAUCGCCACGUAGCACCGACGACGGGCUGGCCGGGCUCUCCUCCGGGCACGGGGCCCGGAGAUGCCGUCACGAGCGCUUCCGCUCCCGGGGCUGGCCCUCGGGGUGGCCGUGUCCCCGCGGUGGCCCCCUGCACGGGGCGAUGGAGCACUUCAUGGGAUGCCCACGCCUGCCUUUCCCCAGCCUGCGCCCUCCCUGUGCCGCAGGGGGGCCCUGCACCGCGCCGUGCCCACACCCCUGCCUCUGGUGUAAGGCCAUGGGGCUUUUGGGGGGUUAAAGGGGCCGGCCAGGGCACACGGACCUACAUUGGGCUGGAUCCGACCCCGCGCUUGGCUCCGAGCACACCCAGCACCGGUGCUGGAGGUGGGACAGGCACUGGGGGGGCCGUGCCCAGGGAGCCCAGAGCUGUCCCCAUCCACGGGGCAGGGCUCCCACCGCGUCCCCCUCUCCCCGCUGCCUCCUCCAGCUCCAUCCCACAGCCCCACGGCUCAGGCACGUCCCCGCUCACCGCCACGCCAAAGCCAAGCCCUCCCUGUCCCCGCUGCCCACCAGCCAGCCCCAUCACCCCCCCUGAGGCCGGGCAGAGGCUGCGUGCCCGGAGGUGCACAGCUGGGGAGCAGAGCGUCCUCCCCCAUGGGGGAAAUGCCUCCAGCACGGCUGUGGGGUCGCGGCGCACAGGAGGGACACGGGUACGGGCUGGAUGCACACGAGCACUUUCCCCUGGGAAAAGCGGCCCUUCCCUGGGGCUGUGUAGCCGAGGUGCGUGUGUGUGUGUGUGUUGGUGUGCGUGUGUGCGUGCACCAGGCCCAUGUGCUACUGGCUGUAACGAUUACAAGUCUACAAGAAGCAGCAGCCUCAAGAA